AUGCAAAAUGAUAACUUAUAUUACGGUGAAAAUCAAAACGGUGAAAACAAUAUAAAUAUGAAUAACGUUAGUCAGAAAAUCGAGGCGAAAGUGAAAAAGGCUAGGAGUUUCGUUGAAUUGUCGAUAUUAAACACGUCGAAUUCAGUGAAGAGUUUGGGGAGAAAUGAGAGACGUGUUUUAGUUUUAUAUACCGGCGGUACUAUUGGGAUGGUGAAAAAUAAAGAUGGAGUUCUGGUGCCACAAAAAGGUGCUUUUGAAAAUCUCAUUCGAGGGUACCCACAACUUCAUGAUAUCAUGUCUUGGCGUCAAAGACUAAGCGAACCAAAUUUUGACACUUCCUUUCUUGUGUUGCCAGAGGCUAAAGAAUUGGAUAUGAGAAUUUCUUAUAAAAUAAUAGAGUACGAAAAUUUACUGGAUUCUUCGAACAUGACUGAGCAGGAAUGGAUUAGAAUAGCUGAAGACAUAAUGAAACACUAUGAAGAGUAUGAUGGUUUCGUAGUUCUUCACGGUACUGACACACUGUCAUACACAGCUUCUGCCUUAUCGUUUAUGUUCGAAAAUAUUGGUAAGGGCAUUGUACUCACUGGCUCACAGAUUCCAAUAUUUGAACCGAGGAGUGACGGGUCAGAUAACUUGGUGUCAUCUUUGCUCAUAGCCGGUGGACUGAACAUACCAGAAGUCACUGUGUUCUUUGGAAAUAAACUUUAUAGAGGAAAUAGAACAAGAAAAAUAUCAGUCAACAAUUUAUACGCAUUUAACUCCCCGAAUUGCGUGCCACUCGUCGAAGUUGGUAUUGACUUUGAAGUAAACAAGAAAGCGAUUUUCAAGCCUACCGUCAUAGAGAGAUGUCACUUACACGCAAAAAUGUCCAAAAAUGUUGGUCUUCUUAGAAUAUUCCCUAGUAUAAGCGCGUCUGUGGUUAGAACUUUCUUUCAGCCGCCAAUUGAAGGUGUGGUAUUAGAAAGUUACGGUGCUGGGAACAUACCAUCUAAUAGAGAGGAUCUAUUUUCGGAAAUAUCUGCAGCAGUGAAGAGAGGAAUGAUAGUUGUUAAUAUAACUCAAUGCACAAGAGGCAGUGUCAUUACUCCGAUGUAUGAAACUGGUAGAUUAAUAUCAGAAUGCGGAGUGGUGUCAGGUUACGACAUGACGCCAGAAGCUGCUCUCACUAAACUAUCUUACGUGCUGUCCAAAACAGAACUUACUUACCAAGAAAAAGUUGACAUGAUGGUGACGAACAUAAGAGGAGAAUUAACAAAUACGUCAUCUAUUGCUAUCGAGGACAAUACUCUCAUAGAUGCUCUAGCAUCCAGUUUGAAUAUACAGUCACCAAAGAAAUUAAUAGAGGUGACAGAAAAAGUGUUCAGUGCUCUUUUGUUAUACGCUAUAGAACACGAUGAUCUCAGAGCGGUUAAGAAGAUGUUGGAUAUGGGUGCCGACGUAAACGCACAAAACUCAGAAGGCAAGACUGUUUUAUAUGAAGCCAUUCUGAGAGGAAACAUGCCUAUUGUUGAGUAUUUAUUGAAGAGCGGAGCUAAUGUCCAUUUAAAAACAAGAUGUGGCGAAACACCUCUUUUAACAGCUAUACAUAAGGAUGACCAUACAAUUAUAUCUCUUCUCCGGCAAUGUGGGGCGCACCUCGCCAGCGUGGACACAAAGCCAGUUGCUGAAAUGCUAUCACUAGCAGCCAGGAGUGGUGUAGUUCAUAAACUGGAGAGCUUAAGAGCCGCGGGUUCAGAACUAAAUUUACCAGACGAGAUCGGCCAGACACCCUUGCAUAAGGCCGUUCUCUGUAAUAAUCCCGCGGUGGUCCGAUAUCUAUUAUCGCAAGGAGUGGACAAAGAAACUAAAGACAUACUUGGAUUCACUCCGAUGGAUUGCGCGAUUAAACUGGAACUAACCAAUAUUAUUGAUAUGUUGAAAUAA